ACCUCUUCCAUAUCUGCUAUCUUCCCCUUAGAGAGUUCUCGUGUUUCUUGUACAGCUGAGCUUCUGCUAUAUUUUCCUUGGCUUCUUUCUCUGUUCUUUUAAUAUCCUUUUUCUGGGUGUCUUUGCCCUGGUGGGUUUUGGUUGUUAAACUUUGAAUUCUGGAGUCUAACAAAAACCCAUUGUAAAAAAAACACUUUCUUUUUUUGCUAAGAUUUGUGUUGUUGAUGAUAUUUUCCUGCCAAAAAAAAAAAGUUUUCUUUUUCUUGUUUCUUUCUUCUGUGUCGUGCGUGUAAAUCUUGAUGCUGCAUAAGUUUUUGUUGUUGAUGUUCGGGAUUCAUGUCUCCGGUUGUCAGUGAAAUCCUCCGAUCCGGGUUUAUGAUAAAUUCCUCCUUCAGACGCAAGAUCCAUCUCGUUCAAUCUUUCUCAGUUGUUUUCCUCUAUUGGUUCUAUGUUUUCUCCGAAAUAGUUUUCUCUCGCUUUCUAGUUUAUUAGCAUCAGGGUCCUAUAUCGAUCGUCUUCUAGGUUAGAUCAGUGAUUUUGGCGUAAAUAGAAUAACUUCACAUGGCUUCAUCCAGUGGAAAAUCCAUCUCCAAUUCUUCAGGUUCAUCUCCGCAACAACAGAAUUCUGGGUCCGAUCAUCAAAGAAAACGAAGGAGAAUGGAAUCGAACCGAGAAUCAGCGAGGAGAUCGAGGAUGAGAAAACAGAAGCACGUAGAUGAUUUAGUGGCUCAAAUAACCAAGCUGAAAAGUGAUAAUAACAGAAUCCAGAGCAGCAUCGGCUUCACCACCCAGCAGUAUAUGAGCAUGGAGGCCGAGAACUCGGUCUUGAGGGCUCAGAUGAUGGAACUGAGUCAAAGACUGGAGUCGCUAAACGAGAUCCUCGACCAUAUCAACAACCCCACAGCAUGCAAUGGGGUAUAUGAAACAGAGGCUAUGGAAUUCAACCCUUUCAAUUUGGCUUGCCUUAACCAGCAACACCCCAUCAUGGCCUCCCCAGACAUGUUUCAAUACUAAUUGAUGAAGUGAAAGAUCAUUUGUUGUUGGGUUAGGGAAAUGGCAAUAUUGGCAAGGAUGCUUUUACUAGGGUUAAGAAUUACUAUAUAUUAUUAGUAAUUAAUUGCCAUUUACCUUGUUUGAUGUAUUUUUCAUCCUUAAAAAUGUAAUCUUUUAUGGUACCUUUUUUUGUA